AUGUUCUAUGUAGUAAAAGGCCAAAAUAGUGGAAAUCGUUUGUCUCUAGCUGCAGCUCAAGACCUUGGACUUAUAACUUUACAUCUAAAUCAUGUUACAACGAAAGAUGACAACCUGGACAAAAUCCUUGGAAAACAUACUCAAGUAUUUCACGGACUGGGCAAAUUAAAAGGUGAGACAGUAAAAUUAAACAUAUAUAAAGACCAAAUACGAAAAGCCCAACCUCAACGUCGAAUUCCUUAUCACAUUCAUAAAAAGGUAGAAGACGCCUUAAAAGCACUUGAGAAGGAAGACGUAAUUGAAAGGGUGCCUGAGAAUGAGGCAACACCAUGGGUAUCAACCAUAGUCGUAGUUCCUAAGAAAGAUUGGGGAGUCAGAAUAUGCGUAGAUAUGCGGCAAGCGAAUGAAGCCAUACGCCGCGGGCACGACACCCAAUUCCUACCGUGAACGAUGUUAGUUUUGCACUUAAUGGGGCACAAUAUUCACUAAACUUGAUCUAUCCCAAGCUUACCAUCAACUAGUGCUAGAUCAAGAAAGCAGAUUUAUUACCACGUUCAGUACUCUGUAGGAUUAUAUCGUUACAAGCGUUUGACCUAUGGGACUAAUGCGUCCGCUGAAAUCUUUCAACAUGUCCUUCAAACAAAGCUGCGGGGUCUAAAUGUAGUAAUACAGGGACUAAAUAGAUAUAAUCGUGUUCGGAAAAACGCGGGCUGAACAUGAUCAAAAUGUAGAUAAAUGCCUUGCCCGCUUAUCUAAUUCUGGUCUAAAGUUAAACCGAGGAAAGUGUACUUUCCUCGAAGAUAAGUUGGAAUUUUUCGGACAGAUAUUUUCCAAAGAAGGCACACGACCUGACCCGAAACGGGUAAAUGACUUACUCAAUGCUGCCCAGCCUUCCAGUGUUACUGAAGUACGUAGUUUACUAGGUAUGGCUAACUACAGUAGCAAAUAUAUUCGUGACUUUGCUACUUUAACUGCCCUACUUAGAGAACUAACCUAAAAGAAUGCACGAUUUACAUGGUUGCCAAAACACCAAGCAUGUUUUGACAAAUUCAAAGCAACCUUAGCAUCAGCACCAUGUUUGUCAUACUUUGCUAAAGACAAAGAGACACUAGUUAUUGUGGAUGCUAGUCCUGUGGGCAUCUCAGCAAUUCUAUCACAACAGGAACCAGGUACAAAUGAUCCUAAAAUUGUGGAAUAUGCAAGCAGAUCCCCAACAGACAAAGAAACACGUUAUUCACAAACAGAAAAGGAAGCUUUAGCAAUAGUGUGGUCUGUUGAACAUUUUCAUUUGUUUUUAUAUAGUAGCCAAUUCACUCUAGUUACAGAUCACAAACCGGUACAAGUGAUUUAUACGGAAGUCGAAAAGCGAAAGCUUCAGCAAAAUCGAGCGCUGGAUCCUUCGUCUUCAGCCAUACUCGUUUAA